AGUGUGUGGUGUCAAACACGUUCCCAAUCUCAAGUAUGGGAUUUCGCUUUAACGCUGACUGGAAUAGAAUUGAUAAACGGGAAUAUACUUAGGAUUCGCGAUUUUUUGAGUCUGUGUAUAUCACUCGCGAACACACUUUGUGUUGGUUUCCUCUGUGAUGUGGGUCAUAUGGAUGAUUUACACUCAAUAACAAAAAUCUACUAAAUAACCCCCCCCCCCCUUUUAUGUGGUAAAUGUUUGUGAGGAUGUGGUGAACCAAAGGCUAAAUCCAAUGAUUUGUGAAUACAAAGGAUCAUGACAUUGUGAGCCCAAAUAGUAACACGUUUGCUGGAAAAGAGCCAUGGGCAAAGAGCAGGACCUCCUUCUGGCUGUGAAGAAUGGAGAUCUUCCCUUAGCUCAUAAACUCCUGGCCAAGAUCAAGACCAACAGAAACAAGUUACUGGGCUCCACAAAGAGGCUAAAUGUGAACUACCAAGACCAAGAUGGAUUUUCAGCACUUCAUCAUGCAGCCCUUACUGGCACCACUGAUCUUCUGUCUCUUCUUUUGGAGGCGCAGGCCACUGUGGACAUCAAAGACAGUAAUGGUAUGCGUCCAUUGCACUAUGCUGCCUGGCAGGGGAAGGCUGAUUCUGUUCUUAUGUUGCUGAGGUCUGGAGCUUCUGUGAAUGGGGCUUCGCAAGAUGGACAGAUACCUCUCCACCUGGCUGCACAAUAUGGACACUACGAUGUGUCUGAAAUGCUGUUGCAACACCAGUCCAACCCCUGCACUGUCAACAAGGCGAAGAAGACCCCUCUGGACCUCGCUUGUGAAUUUGGCAGGCUCAAGGUGACCCAGCUGUUGCUGAGCAGUAACAUGGUAGUUGCUCUCUUAGAGGGGAACGGCAGAGACAAUACACCUUUACACCUUGCUGCCCGAAACGGACAUAAAGAUAUCAUCAGACUGCUGCUGAAGGCCGGGAUCGACAUCAACAGGACCACUAAAGGCGGUACAGCUCUGCAUGAGGCUGCCCUCUAUGGAAAGACAGAAGUAGUUCAAUUAUUGCUGGAUGCUGGGAUCGAUGCGAACAUCAGGAACACUUACAAUCAAACAGCCCUGGAUAUUGUGAACCAAUUCACCACUUCACAUGCCAGCAAAGAAAUCAAACAACUCCUUAGAGAUGCCAGUGGAGCUUUACAGGUGAGAGCGCUGAAGGACCACUGGAAUCUGCAUGACCCCACUGCCCUCAACAUCCGGGCCGGAGAUGUGAUCAUGGUCUUAGAGCAGCACAUGGAUGGACGGUGGAAAGGGUACAUCCAUGAUAGUCAGAGGGGUACUGAUCGUGUGGGAUACUUUCCUCCGUCCAUUGUGGAGGUGAUGAGUCGCAGAUCAGGGGGUUUUCUGUCCAGGCAGGCCUCACUACCCACCCAGAGACAUCCCAUUCUGUCUCGGGCCCUGCCCUUACACAGCUCUCAUCACACCUCUCAUACUGAUGAUACCUAUACCUUAUACUCAUCCACCCGGCCUGUCCUGACUCACCAGAACGGGCUGGAUCAACACCCAGGUCCUCUUCCCGACAGUCCAGCUAGUCCCAGAGAGUCAGAGGAUAUUUGGGUCCUCAGGACCUCUCUUAAUGCAGGAGACAGGAACAGUGUGGGGAGUUCAGGUAGCAUGGGCAGCAGUCGCAGUGCUGGCAGUGGACAGAGCGCUGAUGGAGCCCAUCAGUUACCUGCUGCCGUCCAGGACACCACAAAGCUGCCGCCAUCUUCUGGUGAAAUGGUGGAAGUGUGCUCUCAGACUGCUGAUGCCAUAAAACAGACAAACCCUCAUCCAGGUGCUCUUGGACUUCGAGUUCCUCUGAGUGGCUUCAGAACUGGAGAGCAACACGUCCUUCAUCCACACCAGCUUCUAGAUGGCAAGGAUGCUGAAGCUAUUUAUCAGUGGCUCAGAGAGUUUCAGCUGGAGCAGUACACAUCUAAUUUCCUCACGGCAGGAUAUGAUGUACCCACUAUCAGCAGAAUGACCCCUGAGGAUCUCACUGCUAUUGGUGUUACAAAGCCGGGUCAUCGCAAGAAGAUCUCUGUGGAGAUCAGCAACUUAAACAUCCCUGAGUGGUUGCCGGAUUAUAUUCCAUCUGAUAUUGGCAAAUGGCUCGGUGCUAUAGGACUGCCACAGUACCAGAAAAAGCUAGCAGAGAAUGGAUAUGACUCCAUCAGCAUAGUACAAGAUAUAACAUGGGAGGAUCUGCAGGAAAUUGGCAUCACUAAACUGGGCCAUCAGAAGAAGCUGAUGCUUGCUGUAAAGAAACUCAUUGAUGUGCAGAAAGCUCGUAAGAACCAGGCAGAAGGUCAGGCAAUGUUGCAGCACAGAAAAGCUCCCCCUGCCCUCGAGCUGGUGGCCAUCGAGCACCACGAAAACCCAGACUGCCCCUCCACCCCUCUGUCACCAAAGAUGCUCACCUUCCAGGACAGCGAACUGAGCGCCGAGCUGCAGAAUGCCAUGGCCCGAAGCGGAUACACCGGAGGCCAGGAGGGUCUCUGCGUCGUGAGCGGAGCGUCCAUGCGUCUCAGUCAGGAAAGCAUCGGCAUGCGAUCGGGGGGUUCUGGGCGGUCACAGGAACACCCGAUGGCAUCUCUCAUCCCCCACAGCCGCUCACAGGAGAGCCUGGAAAGUACUGACAGCAGCCACAGCAAGGAGCAAUAUGCUGUAGCCAAGUCUCAGGAUGGUAGCCAGGCAUCACCUGUCAAAAUGACACCAGUGUUGCCGCUGCACUCUCAUCACCCCUUGACUAGCAGUCCCGUGCUGGCAAGGACACCUCCUGUAAUCGGCAAUAAGGUGGCACGUUUUGCAUACCCACCUGUUCUCACCAAUCCCAAACCAAUGGUCUCUCCCUCCAAGCCCCAUCACGGGUCACCGCACGGAUCGCCUGCUCAGAGAGGUUUUAGCUAUCUUAAGCAUCAAAACAGCAACAUGGGAAGCCCAGCUCCACAAUCAAACGGAGAUGCGUCCCGAUGCAAAAAGCGCAGCCAGAGUCUUUCUCGCUAUGUGCUGUCAGAUGGAGAGAAUGAAGAAGAUAAAACAUCGGCAUCUAGGCAGAACGUGGCAUCGUAUGCAACGCUCACGCGUAAACCCGGUCGCAGCCAGCCAUCUUACGGCUGUAGCGGGCAUCAGGUGGGCCGCAGUCAUUCCUUCGCCGUGCGUGCAAAGAGAAAAGGUCCUCCACCACCCCCUCCGAAGCGAUUGAGUUCGUCCCCAAGUGGGGUUGAAACAGAAAGCGCCGGAAGCGUAAGAAGCAUAGCAGCCCGACUGGAGAACAACGCUGGAAGUCCUGGUAAGACAUGCAACAGUCCUUCGUUUGGAACCAUCUCACCAAAAAAUACAGGCAAUUGUAACAAAGCCACAAGUGAAUCUUCAAUUCACGAACCAGAAACGGGUUCACAAUCUUCAACAGGAAGCUCACAGGAGAGCAUACCUUUCGCUGAGGAAGGCAAAGUGACCAUCAAACAAAAGACCAAAAUAGCAACCAAUAAAAUGCCCUCUGAGACUGGCGUUGAUAUUCUGAAGCCAGCACACUUUAUUAAAUCAUCUUUAGAGGUGCCCGAGUUUAACUUGAAAGAAUCAGACACUGUCAAAAGAAGACACAGGCCAAAAGAACUGCAAACCAAAGGUCAAGGCACAAGCACGCACAUAGGAAACGAUAUGAGCGCAGAGACCGAGAUCUCACAGUGCAUGCAGAAUGGUGCAUUGACAAAUUCACACAAACCCAGUCUCUCUCUGCAUAAACCGCCAACCCCUUGUAAGCCCACACGUCAUUCUGCCUCAGCAACUUCAGGAGUGACAGUCUGUGUUGUACAGAGCGUGGGCUACGCUGUUUCACCUCUAUGCAGUCCUCAGAUUCGCUCUCCCUCAAACAAAGGACCUCAAUACGAGUCUGCGCUUGCAGGAAAGCCACAGGCCGUGUCGGAAGUCCAGGAUGUGCUGGUACAUAAGCGACUAGAGCAAACUAGCACAUCUUUGGAAGCAGCGCUUAAAGUUGUGGAAAGGAAAUUGGCUCAGGACGAUCCAAGAGACAAUGGCAUCAACACGGUGAAGUCAGCUGGGAACAUUCUUGAUGAUAUAGGAAACAUGUUUGAUGAUCUAGCCGAUCAGCUGGACGCCAUGUUGGAUUGACCUGACACUAAUGUAGCAUGAGUCCUUCAUGUGGAUGCAAAAGCUUGUAGGAGACAAUCAAACUUCUCACAUCUCAUUGUUUACAGCACACUCGAAUCAGAAACUUGCGAAUAAGUUUUCUUGUAAGUAUUGGUUUGAAAGAAAUUUCUAAAUUUAAAGGUAAAGUGAAUAAUUUUUACAGGCACCCAAUAGUAUUGCCCAAAUAUGUAGCUAUAUUGGCCUAUGUUUUACACAAAGCUGCUGUUUUCAGUUUUGAGAGUAUGAAAGUUUUGCUUAUUAGAAAUGACUCAGAUUUUCUUCUGUUGGGUGUAGUGGAUGUUUUCAUGCCUCAAACUUAUUUAGAAAUAAUGUAUGAUAACCACUUGAAACGUAAUAUCACACAUAUCUCUUAUACCAAACCGUUGCUUUCUGCGUCUGUGGAUCACUUGAACAAAAUGUGCUCCAUCAUAAGCACUUACUUUAGCUCUUCAAGCAGAGACACUUUUAUUUCCUGUGCUUAGAUCAGGAUUUUGGCCUCUAGCAAUGGAUGUACAGCACAGUACAAGCUAAGUGAGAUGUUUCAACUGUUUGAAAUGUUUUCUGAACAAGGCUUUAUUCUCUGUUCAAAUGCAAGCAACAAUACAGAUCAUUUUUAAGGAAACCAAACCCUGUCUACACUACUCUUGUCAGUUCAGAUGAUCAUGGACCAAGUAUGUUUGACCGUAAUAUUACUGUAAACAUACAGUAUCAAUAUCAAAAGAGGACAUGGUCAGACUGUCAAAUCAAUCAGUCAUGUGUUUAAGUAUAUUUACAAAUGCACUGUGCAUUGUAUAAUAUGUGAACCUUUGCAUAAAUGUUUAAGUAGAUAUUAACAUGUUAAGUAUGUUACUUUUCUUAACAUGCUAUUUUAGCAAUAGUAUAUUUUGACAAGCGGAAGAUAAAGCAUUAAUGUAUGGGAUACAUCUUUUAAAUGUAUAUAUUUUUAUAAAAAUGAUAAUUUAUUGGAUUUGUGUAGUGAAAAUGUCAGUAAUUUCCGUCACCCUCACUGAAAUUUGCAAGCGGAAUACAGCAGAUUGAUAUAAACCACAGGAACAACACUUUUGCAAAGCACUACGUUUUUCAGGCACAAUCGACCAAAAGAGACCUGAGACCUGUGGCCUUGGCUUUAAUUCUUAAUAGACAUAGGUUACACAUACAGUACUGUGCAAAAAUCUUAGGCCGCUACCACCAGACUUGUUGUUUUAGAAGUUUUAAUGUCCAUCCAUAAUAAUUUUUCAAUCUAUUUUAUUAAGAUUCAAACAGCAAAUACAGGAAAUAAGUACAAAACAAUUAAAUAAAUAAAUUUUUUGGACUAAAUGUCGUCUUUAGGUAUCGUUUAGUGUGACCUCUCUUGGCACUUCUUGAGGGUUUUUGAGCAGAAUGAAGUAAAAAGACGAAUUUCUUUAAAAUUAGGAUUUAAUUUUAUUUAGGUUAAAGAUAUCCUGCAGUUUCCUGCUAUUGCUUAAGUGGAAGGGAGUUUACCCUAAAAACUUGACACAUCAGUUUACAUUUUUAUACAGUUUUUAAAACUAUAUACACAUUUCCUGUAUUUUCUAAAAAUGUAUUCUUUUAAAGAGACUGAGAAACAAUUAUAUAUGAUCGCUUUAACAUUGCAAAAACAACAAAUCUAAUUGUGGCAUGGUGGCCCACGACUUUUGCACAGUUCUGUAUAUGACAAAACACAUAAAAUAGGUGGAUCAUACUACUGGAUCAUACUAAUAAGAUGCUUCACUAAAAACACUGGUUGCACAUGAUUAAAUUAAGUUUUCUUAAAAUGAAUAGAAAAAUGGAAUUAUGUGCACCAGUUCAACAUGAUUCAAUCAAGUUCUUAAAAUAAGAUGAAUGUUAAUUUCAUUUUAAGAAAACAAUUCAAUCAUGUGCAACUAGUUCUUACAUAGGGUACCUGCUUAUGUCUUUGACCCUUGUGCACUUUCCCCUAAAGUUAUAUUAUGUAUGCACUAAACUGUAUGUAUUUUUUAUUGUAUUUUUGUUUACCAGUUUAUUUCUUUCUGCAUGUACUGUACACUGGUUAUACAACCGGUUCUUGACUGAAAGAGAUAUUUUUUCUGUUUAAUGUUACCUACAUUGUGAAAAAUAUGUAAUAACUCAUGUCUGCAAGAAGAGCAGAGCAUCAUGUUCUUGCAUGUUUUUUUAAAAGUAACUAUUUGAAAUCAUUGUAUUAUAUGGCAUAAUGAUAUUUUCAC